AUGAUUUCUGAAAGUUCGAAAAUAAAAACAUAUAAAGUGAGAUGUAUACUUUUGAUGUGCUUGAUCUUGCAACCUGAAGUGAUCACAGCAUCUCCAACAGCACAACCAUUGUAUUGGCGACACUCGGCUUGCAACUCGCUUCUUCCUGCAGCAGCAUGGAUUGCUCCAUCAACUCCACCACCUGCAAAUAGAUCCGUUCUACUUUGA